AUGAGAGACGUAAUAAAGUUCACAAUCUACUUGAAUUUGCUAAUAGUCGGUGUUUCAGCCUUCAUAGCUCCUUCACCAUCAGCUCAAAUCAGAAAUUUGAAGACCACUUCUGGAUAUCCUUCAGUGCUUAGAGCAACGCCAGAGAAAGAGGAGUCACCCCUUUUUCGCCGUCGAAGCACCAGCUGCAACAAUAGUCCAGAGAAACCACAAAGGUCGAUUCGAAGAUUGCAGCGAUCUAUCAGAUUUUUUUGCGCGUCGGUGCUUUUCUGGUUUGGAGCUGCAGGGUUGAGGUCGACACCGUCCAUUGCAUCAACUGCUGAUGUCGCACCAGCAACUCAACCAAGCGCGCCCAUUUCCUCUUCAUUAGAUAAAAUUGUAGAUCGAUACGUACAGCAUCACAUGUUUGACGACGAUGUAUAUGAUCCCAUUGAAUCCACGUAUCGUGAGGCCAUGAAUGACAAUUCAAAGGGGUCUCAUCCCAAAAAGAUCAACGAGAUUACUGCAGAGGUGUUUGGACAAGAUGUUGUGAAGGCCGAAAGAAAAGCUUCCGCAAGUGGUAUUGGUGGUCUUUUGUUGGACGCAGUCAACUUGUUACAAAAAAGGGGUUUAUCAGAAACAACGGCUGUUUUCCUUUUAGCCGGUACCUUUGUCGUAGUUGGACCAGGUGCAUGCCUUGUUGUCGGCAUGAUGGUUGGGUCGCAGUCAAAACGACAGAUCAACAACGUCAUGAAGAAAAGAUAUGGUGACACAUACACUGUUGAUGCUACAAUCAAAACGGAGGACGACGUGGAAUUACCCGACGAUGAUGACGAAGACGACGAAGAAGAAGAUGAUGACGAUGACGAAGGUGAUGACGACGAGUAA